AACCCAACAAAAGCUGGUGCAGCCUUUAAGCUUUCCACUUUGAUUCUUUUUACACUCGUCCCGACGCUUCCCCCAUAGGACCUUUGUUGUGCUGCAUCACCGUUUCGCAGGUCACCGCUGGUCAUGUCGGACAACGAGGAGGUGGCGGAGGAGGAGUACGAAGAGGAGGUGGAAGAGGAGGAAGAAGAGGUAGAGGAAGGUCAGGCAGAAGAGGAGGAGGUGGAGGAGGAAGCAGACGAGCCUACUGAACAAGAGCAGGAGGACGCGGCGGCCGGUGAAGAAGAAGGUAUGAGAGGAGAAACACGAGACGGCGAUGCAGAAGCAGACGAAGGAGAAGAGGAAAGCAAACCAAAGUUCAAGCCAUUCAUGAUGCCCAACCUCAUCCCGCCCAAGAUUCCAGAUGGCGAGAAGGUUGAUUUUGACGACAUACAUCGUAAACGGAUGGAAAAGGACCUGAUGGAGCUUCAAACUUUGAUUGAAGUUCAUUUUGAAAGCAGGAAGAAGGAAGAAGAUGAGAUCAUGCAACUUAAGGAGAGAAUCGAGAGGCGCCGCUCUGAACGAGCAGAGCAGCAAAGAAUCCGCAGCGAGCGAGAGAAAGAGAGACAGAAACGUUUAGAGGAGGAGCGCACUCGCAAAGAAGAGGAGGAGGCCAAGAAAAGAGCCGAGGAGGACGCCAAGAAGAAGAAAACCCUGACCAGUCUGCACUUUGGAGGUUAUAUGCAGAAACUGACAGAGAAGCGCAGCGGCAAGAAGCAAACAGAGAGGGAGAAGAAGAAGAAGAUCUUGAGUGAAAGACGCAAGUCUCUUGAUAUUGACACCAUGAACCAGGAGCAGCUCAAAGCGAAAGCGAAGGAGCUCUGGGAGUGGAUGAAAGAGCUGGAAGCUGAGAAGUUUGAGCUGCAAUACCAGAUCACCAGCAAAAAAUAUGAGAUCAACGUACUCCGGAACCGUGUCAGUGACCACCAGAAAACAUCCAAGAGGACCAAGAGAGGCCUGAGGAAAUAAAUGAAGCUGGAAUAAGAUGGAGGUUGAAAUCAAGCAAGCUCAAACCAAUCCUCACUCGCAACUCUUUCCAAAUAACAGCCAUCACGUAUACACAGGCUGCAUCAUGACUUACCAUUACUGUAUUUAUGGAUGUUGAAUAAAUCAUUUCAUUUUUUUUUUCUCUUGA